AUGACCAUCUCUUCCCUUGGGUUCCUGCACAGUAAAAAUGUCUUCCUGUGUCAUGAGAAGCAACGCUUCCUGACUGAUGUCCUCCAUGAGGUGAUGCUAUUGGAUGGCCUAAAUUCCUCCCACCCAAUCUCCCAGGAAGUGGAGCAGGCGGCGGACAUCGACCGAGUCUUUGACUGGAUCGCCUACAAAAAAGGGGCGGCGUUGAUCCGGAUGCUGGCUAACGUCAUGGGACAGACGCUGUUCCAGAAAGGACUCAAUGAUUAUCUGCUGAGUCACAUGUACAGCAACGCAGCCAGAGACGACCUGUGGAGCAAGAUGACUCAGGCCAUGCGCGUGGAGGGGCGGGAGAUCGACAUCGGACAGAUGAUGGACAGGUGGACUCUACAAAUGGGCUACCCCGUGGUGACCAUCAGAAAGAACCAAUCAGAGCUCCCCACUCAUUACAUCACUGUCCACCAGGAGCACUUCCUGUAUGGGCAGGAAGUCAGAAGCAACAACAGUUUACUGUGGCAGAUUCCACUGACGGUCGCUGUGGGAAAUGCAUCCAGUGUUUCUCCAGAGAGCCUCAUCUGGAUCAACAACAAGACAGAAACCCACAGGAUUGGACAGAUGGACGACAGCACCUGGUUGCUAGGCAACAUCAAUCAGACGGGCUACUUCCGUGUGAACUACGACCUCCAGAAUUGGAAACUGCUGAUUCAGCAGCUACACAACAACCCUCAAAUUAUCUCCGUUGGAAACAGAGCAGGGCUUAUUGAUGAUGCCUUCAACCUGGCCAGGUGA